AUGAGUUCUACUAACGUGACGCCCAUCAAACCCAUUCACAUCGAGGAUUCAUCCGAAGAGGAGGAUGUGCCAUCAGAUGUUGGGACAGGUUCGCAAUCUUCUUCAAGUGACUCUUUUGACUCCAUCCUUUCAGAAGCUCGACGUGUUGGGCUCUUCAAUUUCGGCACAGAAAGCCAACGGGAUAUGCUUCGUCGGAUUUAUGAUGGGUUCGGUCAGUUGAAGCAAGACAAUAAGAAGUUGAACGAAACCAACAACACGUUGGCAAUUCGUUGUGAUCUCUAUGGCAAAGUGAUCGAGUAUAACACCAGCAUUCCAGACUUUGACGGUGUCAGAUUGUAUGCUACAAGGGACCUCGUUGAGGAUUGGCACACGGAGUAUUUCAAGCCGUGGAUUCCUCACAAACUUACCGAUGAUGAAUGGGAAAGGAUACGCCGUGUGAUUCCACAGCCGCUUGAGUGUAGCAAGUUCAAGGACUUUGUAUGGCGCAUCCUUGAUAAUGAUGAAGGUCUGUUCGCAGAUGACCACUACAAGUACCGCCAACUAAAGCCUAUGAUCGCCGAGUACCUUGAAGACAUCAAUUGUCAAGAGAUUCCGAAGGAUGUGAAGGCAGAGUUUCUGGACUAUGUUGCUUCAAUGCCCAGUGGUCACUUUGGUGGUUCUUAUGAUCACUUUCGGUAUGAUGGUUUGCCAAGUCUAUUCAGAGACUAUGUGAUGGGCGCUGGGGUCGGGGUUUAUGUGAAGGUCGUGAAUGCUUAUUCCGAUGAUCGUCCUCCGGAACAAAACUUCCACCUAUGUUCCAUCCCCCGAUUUCAGAAGUUAUGUUCGUUCAAGAAAAUGGCUUUGAAAGUCUAUGCGAAGAAGGAGCGCAUCUACAUCGACCCAAGCGAGUUCAGCAUCAGCUUAAAAAGCGGCAGAGCCUUCCGAGAUGAUGAAGAAGCCACUCUUCUAAUGGAAAGUCUCUACACCGAGUUUCCGAAGACGUCCUUCGUGAUCAAGCCUCGUGGUAGAGGUGGUGCCAAACGCACUCGGGAAGAUCGUGAGCAGUCCAUCGCCAACGCUAUGAAUGACAUCGCUCCUUCGAACCCGUUCGCGGCGACCCUCCAGAACUUCUACAACGAAGCGGCAAACAACAGUCAGAACAACAUCCUUGCGAACCUCAUCGGCAACUUAGACCGUGACCAAUGCCAAGCUUUGCGUGAGAAGUGGUAUGAUACUAGCCAGAACGACCCCCAAAAAAUCAUCAACCAUAUCUGGCAACAGCUUCAUCCUGAAUUUCAACGCAUUGCAGAGCUUGAGAGGCACGUCGCUUCAGCCAAGCGGUUGAUCACGCAGUUGCUUGAGGCAGUCUAUGUCAAGGAGCUUGCGCGAGGCGAGAGCAUUUCGCAUCAGCGUAUGACCGAGAUGAUCAACAACCGAUAUGAGGUGUUUGCUGAAGAAAUCCGUGCGCAAGAACUGGAGGCUGAAAUCAGCCGCCGUGUUGCUGAGCGCCUUCAGAAUCAACUUGCUAUGCCUCGUGUUGAGGAUGAUGACGACGAUUUGUGA